AUGGCCGAGUUUAUUCUCUUACCGAAUUAUUAUCCGAAUAAUGGUAAGAGCUUGUAUUCCAGCUAAUUUGCUUUAUUGUGGUCUCCUGUGACAUGGUUACCACUGAUCGUGUAUAUUACAAAAUUACACACGCUCGCAAGUGCGCGCACGUACACACACUUAAACACUCAUAUAAACAGCCCGUACGAUAUAAGGCGAUUUUCUAAAUGUUUUAUCGCCCUUUUUCAAUUUUGCAGGCUUUGUUUCAACAAUUUAAAUAGAUCUCACUGUGUUUGGUACAUAUUUCACAGUAGAAUUAAAUCCUGUAGCCGUCAAUAAUGGUUUUAAACACGUUAACAGCAUUGAUUUGAUCAAGUAAAGACAUAGUUAAUAUAUUUAGACAAAUCUAAUGCAAAUUGUGAAAUCCCUUGACACAAAGAAGGUUUUGCUCGAUCAAAUCUACUAUAUGUAUAAACAAAAAGAAAAAAGAAACAAUGUGAACAGUACAACGACAAGUUUUUAUCUUUUAUAAGGUUUGGUGUAAUGGAUAGUAGUUGUUUAGAUGAUUUUUUGCAAUGUGAACAUCUUAAUAUAUUCUGGUAAAAUAUGUUUUAAAUUUCACAAAAAUUGAUACGCAGCCUUUUAUCCAGUUUUUCGAAAGAAUGAUACGAUAAAAUAACAUCUUUUGAAAUAGUGAUUUUUCAAAAAACAUGAAAUAAAAGACAAAAUAAAGUAAGUUUACGGAUCACUUUGAACGAGGAGAUAAAGAAAUUCUUGCCAUAUGGAAUCGUGUUGUGAGAUUGUAUGAGAUCUGAUUUUUAUCGAUAUUUGUUUUUAUGUUUCUCCGAUAAUUAAACCAUAUAUCUUAUUUUACGACAUAAAUGCAAAAUAUAAUACGAGUCAUGUACAGUACAUUGUAUUACAAGAUAUUGUAUACACAAAUACUUGUUCUGUUAUAUAGUGAUAUUAGUACGUUUUAAGAAUUCCAGAACAGAAAUCUACUAACUAGAUUUAAUAUGUAUAUACACAAAUGUAUAUUGCUCUACUGAUAUUUUUAUCGAUAUAUUCCACUGAAGUUUAAUAGAAAAUGUACAUAAUUCAUACACGAUUCCUCAAUCAUCUCUUUGCAAGAUGCAAAUAUAAAAAGCAAAUUAUAUAAUGUCCAAUUUUUUAAUUUUGUUAUAAUGUUUUUUAUGGACAAUUAUAUUUUUAUACACUUUGCAAUUUUUCUGAUCUAAUUUUUUAUUAUUAUAUUUCUAUUCUAUUAAAAAGAUUCUGUUAAUUCUUAUUGUUCUUUUUCUAAAUAGUACAUAGGAUGAAAUUUUAAACGUAGAAAGCGCAAAACUGAAUUUAAUUAGUUAAGAACUAAUGAUUUAUAUAUUUUAUUAUAUGUUGUAAAAGAAUGUAUAUAUUAUUUAUGUAUAUGUUAUGUUCCUUGAUGUAAAUGUAUAAAAACUUUCAAUCUGUUACGAACAAGUCAAUAUAAAUAUUUUUAUAUUUAAUUUUAUCGUAGAGUACAGCGAUCAUACAUCAUUGCAUGAGUUCCAAAAAAUUGAUUGA